UCAAUAUUGUUCCCAAGUCAAGUGGUUCCCUACCUUGGUUUUUUAGCGGAUUCUUCUUGGGAGGUGUUCUGCUUAAAGCCGGAAAAGAAGGAGAAAUUCUUGCAACUUGUCCGUGAAAUACUCUAUGCCUCUAAGGUUACGGUGAAAACCUUGCAACGCCUGGUUGGGAAAUGUGUCUCUUUUAGUCUAGCAGUACCCGCAGCCCAGUUGUUUACGAAGCAGAUGAAUGCAGCUAUUGCCGGUGGCCAACGUACUCCCCACAGGCUAAUAGCCAUCAGAGGGGAUCUGCGUGAGGAGAUCUGCCAUUGGCUGUUUUUGGAAGGUUGGGAUGAUCCGGUAACAUGGCGGGAUGAGCGUCAUAUUCGUGUGUCCGUUGCAACUGAUGCUUCCGCAUCAGGCUGGGGUGCUAUUUUGUUAGCCCCUCAUCGUGAAGAAAUAUCAGAUUAUUGGACGGAAGAGCAGUGCAAAUGGGGGAUCGCCGUGAAGGAAGCUACUGCGGUCUACAUGGCGUUAAUGGCUUUUAAAGACAAACUGUUCAAUGCUAGAGUUGAUGCUUUUGUUGACAAUAAGGCCGUUGUCGAGGCUUGGAACAACCAGGGUGGUAGAAGCUUGGAGCUUAAUAUGGCACUGAAACGGCUUUUCUUCACAACGUCGAAGCUUAGCUUAUCUCUGCACAUGUCUUACAUUCCGACUGGUCAGAAUCCUGCUGAUGCUCCAUCAAGGCGCCUGUCCCACUCAGAUAGUAAAUUGUCGGAUGGCUUGUGGCAGCUUGUUCAGAAGGAGUUUGGUGGUAGGGAAGGCCAUACUUGCGACCUUAUGGCCUUGGAUUCGAAUAGUAUGACGGAUGCGCACGGGUAUUCUCUCCCUCAUUUUACGCCGAUUCCCUCUCCCGGAUCGUCUGGUGUAAAUCUCUUCACACAGGACCUUGCUUCCCUCUGAGCGCUUAUGGCCAGACUGUAUGUUUUUCCUCCCAUGGCCUUAACGGGACCUGUCUUAAAAUUUCUGGCGAGUUUUAAACAGUCGUGCACACUAGUGGUGCUGGACGUGUUUCCCAAGAAGUACUGGUGGCCUCUCCUUAUGAAUAAAGCUGUAAAGAGUAGAUGUCUGGCUGUUUGUGGGGAUGGCAACGCUCUCUUGGUCCCGUCCAAAAAGGGGUGGCUGCCUCACAAGGGCAUUCGUGGAGAUCUCUGGGUUUUUGCAGUGUGUUUUUAGGUGUGUCUUGGCAUACAUUUUGAUCUGUUGUUCUAAUGGUUUGUGGUGUAUGAUAGGGUUAUUCUUUUCUGGUUUGUAGGAGCUUCCAGUCAUGGCAAAGCUGUUUGUCCAGUCGGUUAAAUGCCCAACCUGUGGACACGCUAAUGAUUUUGACUUCCGUUUUUGUCAACGUUGUGGCUACAAGCGAAAGGUUAUGACAACGCUUGUCAAGGAACACUCUGAUGUUAUCGUUGACCUUGAUGGAAUUGAAUUGCGGUUGCAGCAGUUACUUCACUACGAUCAGGCAACCAGUUAUAAAAAGCAGAAGGAUUCUCUUCAGAGGGAACUUGAGGCUUUUCUUGGUGCUCUGCCGGGUUUUGUUACUCUCGCGACAGUGACGCCUAGGGACUUGUGUCGCUUCCUGAUCUUUAAAGACAAGCAUGGCAAAACACAGGUACACCUCAAUACGUGUGAAUUUUUGGGUCAGCGUGGUAAACAGUCAUGUGGCUGCCCCUUGAGAUUGUCGUACAAGACUGUGGACUCUUACAUAGGAAAGUUAAGAUCGAUUUUCCAUUCCAUUGGUCGGGACGGAGAGUGGGACAAGCGGCUAGGUCUUGGUAACCCAGCCUCUGAUAAAUUGGUUAAAGAUUACCUUCGUCUUGUCACAGCGGAGCAGUUACAGGCCCGUGUUACUCCAAAACAAGCCACGCCAUUCUUUGUGGACAAAUUGACUCAGUUAUCGAAGUAUCUUGAAGGCGAGCUAGCGAGAUCAAAGUCGAAACUUGACCGUUUCAUUAUCGCACGUGACCAAGCUUAUUUUAAGUUCGCGUUCUUUAGUGGGGACCGCCCAGGAGAUCUUGGUCAGGUAAAAGUUCCGGAGAUCCUUCGUUUUCCAAAUGAUGAUGGGUUCUUAUUUAAUCAUAUCUGGGGUAAGACUUUGCGGGAUGGUGACAGUAAUGUCUUUGGUGUUCGCAGAAAUCCCCAGUCGGUCAUCUGUCCUGUGAAGGGCGUUGAGCAAUAUGUCGAAGUGGCAAGGGAGUUAGGCGUUGAUUUAACAAAGGGAUAUUUGUUUCGUCCGACAACUUCUAAUAAUGGUGUCCAAGAUUCUCCAUUUAGUUCUUCAGCAGCAGAUGCGCGUCUUAAAGUGUAUCUCAAGCAGAUGAAAGCUGAUGAUGGUGAGACAUUGCAUGGCUUUCAUUCGGGUUGUGCGAUAACGUUGGCCCUCACAGGAGCGGAUCUGUCUGAGAUUAUGGAACACGUGGGUUGGGCUAGGAGGCAUACCGCCUUAUAUUACCUUCAGCUGGCCAAGGUUCUGAAACAUGAUGGCCCGUCGGGACGACUUGCUACGCCUUCUGCUGAGAAUGUGGUGGCUGCAUGGCAGGAUGUGAAUCAGCUGAAACGUUUUGUGUGUGCUUUUCCAGCUGCUGAGCAGAGGAAACGCCCAGCAGAAUGA